AAACCACCCUGCCAAACAGCGUAGUCACAGCUCUAUACCGUACAGGCGAAGGUCUGUAACAAUGGAGCGUUUCAUAGAGGUGGCACUACUUCUGGUAUACCUUGGAAUCGUUGACGGUUCAGCAACUCCGACGACACAAACCCCGGCCUCAACUGCCGCAGGUACAACGACACUACCCACACCUGUAUCUAACAACACCCAGACUGGCGGACAAGAAUACGCUGAUGGUGUGAGCUACUUACUGGCAUAUUUUCAAUAUCAGCCGUAUACUGAUGUAGUUGAAGUGGCAGCUGGGGAAACAGGGGGAUCCUUUCUGGUUGAUUAUCCACAGCUGGGAUAUAACGUCUCAUGGACUGUAACACCAUACGGGAUCACUGAUGCUUACAUAGAUUCGUCAUUGUGGGUGACGGUGGGUGUGGAAAACAAGGCUUACGUAAUCCAUGUCUUUGGUAAGAACAUGGGCGUUCACACACACAUUGGAAAUGGCGUCUUUUCUCCCCUCCCGAUCUCUGCCCUAGGGUCAAGGUAUGUAGUAUCCACCUGUCUGGGAGACAUGGACCACGUGGUGUUAGUGAUAGCUAGCCACAACCACAAGACAGACGUGGACAUCACACUGAUGCUGGUGGGGAACGUCACCUAUGACAACAUGACUUACAACGACGGAGACACGAUUCACGUGACUCUAGAUGAGUAUCAGACCUUCACGAUGAAGAGUGACUAUGACCUGACUGGAACUGUAAUCAACACAACAAACACUGUCGCUGUGUUCAGUGGGGCAGUGCAAUACGAUUCCUUCACGGCCGUGACGCAACUAUUACCUGUACGACAUCAUGGGACGGAGUAUGUUAUGUAUACAGGUGACGGCUCCUAUCAAAGGAACGCGACAUACCAGCUGCAAGUUAUUAGUGACCAGAGCAACACUGAAAUUAUGUUGAACAAUGGAUCUACAUUCUCUCUGGGUGACAACCGUGUAUAUCGCCAAUACCUCGCCUAUAAUGAGAGUCUAUAUCUUAAUGCCACAAGGCCUGUCAUGGCAACCCUGUGUAGAAACGACCCAUAUUAUUAUGAUCGUGGCAUUGUUGUUGUAGUUCCAGUUAUGUAUUUCGUGAACAGUGCAUUGAUUCCUGAUACAGAGUGUAUAAAUAUACUGACUAAACAACACGUAACGGAUAUUGAAGUGUUUACUGGUGUUAUGGUACCUGUUACACUGGACUGGGUGGACAUCCCCGGCAGCGAUUACAAAGCGGGAAGAAAUUGUUCAUUGGACAGAUACAUCGUCCGCUCUGCCAGCAGAUUCGCUGUAUAUGGGUUUUCCUACGACAUUGUUAAUGGAGGCUACCGUUUCCCUUCUGAUCCACCAACUACAGGUGCUGAUGCAGGUAAGUUGCACGACUCCCUGUAUUUGGGAAAGAAUCUAAUUUCAGUAUGCACAUGCCGUGUUUACAGUGUAGAGCUGUGUUAUUUGUAUAUUUGUCCCUGUAUUGAAUUUGGAACCGGAAACAGUAUGUCACAUCUAAAUUUAGAAAACCGCAGCUGGUGUUGAGAAACGACACAUUAGCAGUUUUGUCCCAGUGUCGCAAAAUAACACCCACCACCACCACACACCGAUCACCUCCCCCCGCCCCUCCCCCGGACAACUUUCAUUGGUACAGGCACGCCCCCAGAAGAUUAAAUCGGUGGACAUUUAUGUUAUUCCCGCCCCCACCUGUAUAAAGUAUCCCCAUAUUUGUUUUUGCAUAUAUUGUAUAUUUUUGUUUCAUUAGUUUUAUCCCCCUCAUGUUUUAUAC